CGGCGCUGCCCCGCCCCGGAUGUCGCGCGCCGCGGACUGGGCGGUGACGAUUGGCCGGCACGGCGCCGGGGGCGGGGCGGAAGGUUCUGGAGGGGGCUGGCGGGCUCUGGAAGCUUCCGCCGGACGGGUAUAUAGAGUCCGGGACGGGGCGGCGGCGGAGCCGGAGGACGGCGACAGCUGGGCGGCGGGCCGUAGCUGGGGGCCAUGGGCAAAGACUACUACCAGAUCCUGGGCCUGGCCCGCGGCGCGUCGGACGAGGAGAUCAAGCGGGCCUACCGCCGCCAGGCGCUGCGCUACCAUCCGGACAAGAACAAGGAGCCCGGCGCCGAGGAGAAGUUCAAGGAGAUCGCCGAGGCCUACGACGUGCUUAGCGACCCGCGCAAGCGCGAGAUCUUCGACCGCUACGGAGAGGAAGGCCUGAAGGGUGGUGGCCCCAGUGGCGGUAGCAGCGGUGGUGCUAAUGGUACCUCUUUCAGCUACACAUUCCAUGGAGAUCCUCAUGCCAUGUUUGCUGAGCUCUUCGGUGGCAGAAAUCCCUUUGACACCUUUUUUGGGCAGCGGAAUGGGGAGGAAGGCAUGGACAUUGAUGACCCAUUCUCUGGCUUCCCCAUGGGCAUGGGCGGCUUCCCCAACAUGAACUUUGGACGUUCCCGCCCUGCCCAAGAACCCACCCGAAAGAAGCAAGAUCCCCCCGUCACCCACGACCUUAGGGUCUCCCUUGAGGAGAUCUACAACGGCUGCACCAAGAAGAUGAAAAUCUCCCACAAGCGGCUGAACCCUGAUGGAAAGAGCAUUCGAAACGAAGACAAAAUCUUGACCAUCGAAGUGAAGAAGGGGUGGAAAGAAGGGACCAAGAUCACCUUCCCCAAGGAAGGAGACCAGACCUCCAACAACAUUCCAGCUGACAUCGUCUUUGUUUUAAAGGACAAGCCACACAAUAUCUUCAAGAGAGAUGGUUCUGAUGUCAUUUAUCCUGCCAGAAUCAGCUUGCGGGAGGCUCUGUGUGGCUGCACAGUAAACGUCCCUACUCUGGAGGGCAAGACCAUACCUGUCGUAUUCAAAGAUGUCAUCAGGCCUGGCAUGCGGCGAAAAGUUCCUGGAGAAGGCCUCCCCCUCCCCAAAACUCCUGAGAAACGUGGGGACCUCAUUAUUGAGUUUGAAGUGAUCUUCCCGGAAAGGAUUCCCCAGACAUCAAGGACCGUACUUGAGCAGGUCCUUCCGAUAUAGCUGCCUGCGUUCCCCAAGGACUGACCAAGGGCCUUUCCAGAGCUCAAGGAUUUCCGGACCAUUCUACUAGUUGCAAACCAUGAGAGGGCGGGAGGGCCCAGGGAGGGCUUUCGUACUGCUGAAUGUUUUCCAGAGAAUAUAUUACAAUCUUUCAAAGUUGUGCACUAGACUUAAGUGGUUUUUCGAGCAAUAAGGCGGCAGACAGUGGGACCAGCAGGAAAAGGCAUUCCAGUCUGCCCCACUGGGUCCUACAGCUCUCCCAGGAGGGGCCCACGCCCUCCUUCUCCAGUCCCCACCAAGGGGCGAGAGGCAGACCAGCAGCUGGACUUGAUCCCUCCCUGUGUAGUGGCAUUGACCUGCUGUCUCAGUUGCCAGACCCUUGUACACACUUGGUUUCUCUUGUGUGGUCAGUUUGUGUUUUGUUCUUUCUGUAUUUGACUCCCACGUCUUGCUCUUCCCUUGAAGAAUCCUAUCUUCUGUUUGGCCAUCUCAAAUUGAGAACCUAAACUUAUUUCUGCAGAACUGCCUGGCCAGCGCCCACAAGCAAUACCUCUUGUUCCAGCAGGACCAAGGGAGCCAGUCUCCAGUGAGUCGCACAGCCCCCGCUCCCUCGGGGGUCCGGGAGCUUGGCUAAAGCAGGGGGACCUCCUGACCUCUGGCUCUGGUGCAACUGAAUGUGCUCACUUAUGGGUCACACUCUUUCCUUUUCUGUAAGGCAAUCUUUUGGCACACCUGUGGCUUACCAGUGGCCCAGGUAAAUGUUUUUGUCUCAUGGACUCUGGACUUCUUCAAAGGGAUCUGAUCCUUUUGAAUUUUGCACAGCCCUAGAUAUAAUCCCUUUUGAUAAAAGGGUCUUUGCUUCUGAUUACAGGAGCACUGUGGAACGUCUGUAAAUAUGUUUUUAUAAUUCCGUGUAAAAUUGGUGUGCACUCAAAUGAAACUAGUCCACGCAGCCACUGCUCUCUGUAUGAGGGCCAUGGUGGAAUUCAGAAGAAACCUUGGGGGGAGGGGUUUGGAACAAAUGUCUGUUCCCUGGAGGCUAGUCUGAUGCUCAGACUUUUAGAUUCCUUGUAAGUUGCCACUGCCAAUAUGAGACCAAAGUGUGUGACUUGUCAAUAUGCAGCGUGACAGCAUUAAAGACUGAUGCUAAACCUCA